CUGUCUUUGAUAAGAUUGAAAGAAUUUUUAUAAAUUUGUAUUGGUAAUUUAACUACAGUUCUGUCUUGAAAAAAAAAUGCAUAGGAAUUUACCACAAAACAAAGAAGCUCUGUUAAAAUCCUAUACAACCCGAUUAAAAGAAGAUAUCAAAAGCAUGCUGGAAAACUUUGAAGAAAUUAUAAAACUUGCCAAAGGAGAGAGAGGUGAAAGUGAAUCACAACUUAACAGAAUGACCCAAAUAGAGCAAGAUACAUUUGAAAUGCAAGUUAGAGCUGCUAAUAUUGUUCGAGCCGGUGAAUCUUUAAUGAAACUAGUAUCAGAUAUAAAACAGUAUUUGAUAUUAAAUGAUUUCCCUUCUGUAAAUGAAGCUAUAACACAAAACUCAAAAUUAUUUCGAACUAAACAGCAAGAAUGUGAUCAAAAAUUAAUGUCACUCCGUGAUGAUAUUGCUGCAGAUUUGUAUGAUUUAGAAGAUGAAUAUUUUACAAGUAUAUACAAAUAAAGAUACCCUAAUAUUAAAACGGUUUUUUUUAUGCUGGUGCCUUUAAUGGACAUCAUUUUGUAGUCAGCAAAUCAACUUACAACCAAUAAUAUAGUCUUAGAUAGAAUAAUGACGCCAAUAAACUGCGUCUUAACAUGGUCUAAACCACAGAACAUAGAAAGAGGUUAGAAGGGCGUUCAUAGAACCGAACCGUACGGGAACUGAUGUUACCGGCUCGCCCCCACUACAAUUCCACCUAAUGGAUAAUAGCCAAUCAAAGGACGUGACAUGAAACAAUCGAACCAAUAAGUGCUCACACUCGAGAGCAACGACGCAAUCACAACCAAGUUUUGGUCAAGUUAUGAGCAUUUGCUCACACAAAACUGUGGCGCACCCGCCCCGCCCACAAGGCCCUCCUAUCUUUUUCUGUGUUCUGUGGUCUAAACAGACACAAAAACAGUAUCUGCUGAACUCCGUCGUGAAGAGGUAUGUACACGGGUUAUUAAGGUGGCGCCUACUCAGAGAUUCGAAUUUAAGCAAAAAAAGUUUGACGAUGAAUGAGGGGCGUAUAUAAGAAAAGAUAAAAAAUAGAUGAAGGGAAAGAAGGUGAGUUGUUAGAAAAUAUGAAGAAAUUGACAGAAGAAAGUUUUAAUAAAAUGAGUAGGAACGAAUGAAAAGAUACAGAAACUAGAAGCGAAAUGUGUGUCAGGAAGAGGAAGCACGAAUGACUAUAGCCUCAUAUGUAAUUUUAAAACAAAAUGUAAUACUUAAUCAAUGGCUAUAUACUGUUUUAAACUUUCAUUGUUACUAUAGGUAUAACAAUAGUAAUUUAUGUUAUUUACAGGGUUGUAACCAUGUAUGAACCUUGUUUUUAGCGAGUCUCCAAUAUUUCGGUAUUGUUGCAAGCGCCAUUAUCAUGGAGUAACUGAAGUAACUGCGGGUAAGAUGUUAUUGGCAAACAUGUCGUCGUCUACCUUCCGACAAAGUCUUUUAUUGUGUCCGAUAACCCGUACCAGAAGACAACUUUUCCUUGGAAAAUACCUGGAGUGUAGAAGAUCUAUUGUAGCUGUGGCAGUACAAAUAUUGGCCAAACAAAGCGAACAAUAGCGUACCGAAUGAGGGAACACAUAAAAGCAAGAACGAAUAACGAUACGCAGAAAUUAGCAAUCAAGAAUACAACAAUAAAACCAGAAUAAUAAAAAGUUUAGUUUCGUGAUCGGAUACUGUGCGUGUUGUGUGUCGAGAAGAGUUUCGGGUCAAUAGUUUGAACGUGACCAGUCCAGUGGUACGGGUAUCAAACGCAAUAAAAGACUUCCUCGGAGGGUAGACUGCCAAUAACAUCCUACCUGCAAUUACUUCAGCUACGUUCGUGAUCAUGGCAUGGCGCUUGCAACCAGAGACGUGACAUAGGUAUCUUCAUCUUGUAUUCCAAAUACUUUUUCGAAAUUUAUCUUUUAUUCAAAUACUUUUUUCCAGUAUCUAAAAAAUAAUACUGAAAAAAUUAAAAAAAGUUGUAGUAUUUUGAAGAUACUUUUUUUUUAAUUUUAAAUUUCAAAUUAAUAUUUUCAAAACGCUUAACUUAUCCAUCAACUUUAUUCACCACGAAAAGACAAUCUAAGUUCAUAUGUUGCCGUCUCGUUCACAUAAAUGUUAUUAUUUAUAUAGGGUGAAAUUGAAUGUUUCAAUGAAACUUCGUGAGAUUGUUGUGUUAUGUGUAUAGAGUAUGCCUGAUUUUUUUAAAUAUUUUUUUUCAUUUUUUAUUUGGUUAUUUUUUUGUCAUUUCUUAUGAGUAAUUAUUCAUUUUAAACACGUCUCCAUAGAAGUUGUAAAACAACUUAAAUUAAGCACUCCUAAAAAAACGGAAACUUAAUGAAUGCCUCCAGUCGAGAUCAGCGCCGGCCAGGGCGACGACCGGCGGACGCCUGUGUAGGUACCUACUACACGCACAGAUGACUCGGCGCUUACCUACUUUAUGCUUUGAUUCCAUACUAUUUAAAAACAUUACAAUAAAAUAGUCUUAGAUGCUAUAUUAUAAUUAUUUAUUCACUGAUACACAAUACCUUUGAAUAUUAUUUCAUAAAGCACAGGUAAUUAAUCAAUAAAAUAAAUCUUCUGUUAGAGCAAUUAAAAAUCCUAUAAAGCUAAUAUGACUGUUACGAUUUUAAAUCGGUAAAGCCUGUCUGUUAGUGUAAGAACUUCUUUUUUAUUGUUAAUGUUAGUUGCUUCGUUUAAUUAAAACUUAAGAACAAACGGCUUAUUUAAAAUUGGGAAAAAUCAUACAGAGCAAAUCGGUAUAACUUACGAGCUUGUGAAGGAAGGGACUCUUCGUGUCUGAUUUGCCCACGUCAUGAAAUUCCGAACACAUUUAAUCACAGCCACAGUCACACACACACACACAUAAUAAUAUGUUGUUUUGCGGCAAGCACGGGCGGGCGGCGCGCCGCACGCUGGCAAGAAACAUGCAGCCCUAGCGCCGGUUGCGGCGUCUUUGAUGAUGUGAAUUCCGCCCACCUCUCCUCUUCCCCGCGUGCGGUGCUUUACUUUGAUUGCAUGCAAAGUGCAGUCGCAAGAAUAUCAAUCGCGCGUGGGCGUGCGCAUAUUUUGACUUAGUGACAUACACUGUGAUAAUUUCAUUAUGCCUCGGUAUACAAACCAAGAAUAUUUAGAGAUGGUGUACUGCUAUCGCGAGUGUGACGAAGUAGGUUUGGUUUACGAAUGAGUCCCCAAACCAUAGAAGGUGCAUUUUGUGCAGUGAGUAGUGAUAGGGACACUUUAAAAAAGGUGGAAAGACACGUCUGCAAACGUGCCUACCUUUGUUUGCAGCAAAAUGGUGGUUUAUAGCAACAAUUUAAGUGACUUUUUAUUGCUAGUGUAAAUACUUUUUGAUUUGAAACAACUAAUUAGUGUACUUGAUUGAUACUAUUAUUGAUACUCCAGUGUGAUUGAUUUGAUAAAAAGUUCUAGUGAAAAAAAUUAAUAUGUUCCUCGUUGUACCUACCUACAAAAACUACCUACCUACCGUUGUACCAAAAACUAUGAGGAGCUCGAUGGCGCAAGUGGUUAGCGCGUUCGGCUGCGAUCGUUGAAUUUAAGCAACUUUCGCAGUGGUCGGUCAUUGGAUGGGUGACCAAAAAUUACUAUCUCGAGCUCCUCCGUGCUUCGGAAGGCACGUUAAGCCGUUGGUCCCGGCUGCAACUGCAGUCGUUAGCACCCACCAAUCCGCACUGGGCCCGCGUGGUGGGUCAUGGCCCAAUCUCUCUAUUCCAUCCAUAGGGAAGGCCUGUGCCCCAGCAGUGGGGACAUUAAUAGGCUGAUGAUGAUGAUGAUGAUAUUUAAAAUCUAAAUACAACAACACGAACAUAAUCGUGGCCGAAACCUGUCCUAAGGCGUUUUGCAGACGACGGGGCGGGGCGGGCAUUUUGUCCGCGAAGCAAUAAAAACCGCGUCUGCCCGUCGAUGUCUGCGGCUGCCCGCGCCGCGUACACAAAGCACACGACGGGCAGAGGCAGUCAGUUCAUGACGUUCGUUCUAGUGAAUAGUCCAUCACUAAAAAGCGCGUGGCGCGGACUGCCCCGCGCCGUCGUCUGCGUUACUGCAUAUAAACUGGUUUGUAUGAUCCACGGCGGGCAGCCGCGGACAUGCCGCGCCGCCAGUGCCCGCCGGGCACCUGCGGCGCGGUCUUUUUGCCCUCUGUGUGCGUUUGUAAUAUAGGAUUCACUUUGUGCUAUCGUUCGCGGCAAAAUUGAC